CUCCGUAUUUAAACCUGAAUGGAGAGGGGAGGAAAGUUUUGUCAGCUGGGACAGUGUUGCCUAGCAGCUUGGCGGAGCCCUUUGGAUACUUCACGUCUGUUUUCUCAGCCGAGGAGCUGCGGAUAUUUCCCGCUUCACACCGCCUGUCAGCAACCUGUUGCCCGCUGUCGUCAUGCCCAACACGCCGCACACCGUCACGCUGCUCGGCCCUUCUCCCUGGGGGUUUCGUCUGGUCGGGGGACGGGAUUUCAGCGCCCCGUUGAGCAUCUCCAGGGUGAACCCAGGCAGCAAGGCCGCUCAAGGGGACCUGUGCCCGGGCGACAUCAUCCUGGCGAUCAACGGCGACACCACCGAGACCAUGACGCAUAUGGAGGCUCAGAACCGGAUCAAGAAUUGUACCAGGCAGCUGGCGCUCAGCAUCUGCAGGCCUGGACCAGGAGACAGAGUGUGGUCGCCCACUGUCAGCGAUGAUGGCAAGAUCAGUCCAUUCACAGAACCAGACUCACAGAAUUUCCGUCCCAUCACCAGCGGAUACGGCAGUAACGGCCGUAAACCCUCGUUCAGCGCCGACCCUCCGACCCCGACGGCUCCGCCCCCCACCCACCUGACCAACGGGCACGCCAAGCCAAACAACGGGUACGGGAACGGGCACGCUCAGUACAACAACCCGGCCGGAAUGUACGCUCACAAUGGGGACAGAUGUCUGCAGAGUAAAAUGGGAGGCCUCAGUCUCAGCGCCACCCACAGCCCUGAGCCUCCAUCUCACUCACCCUUGGGCCGGAACGGUGUCGACCUGCAGUCAGAAGUCCUCAAGAUGCUGCAGCACUUUGAGGAACCUGCCUCAGAACCCAAACAGUCCGGCUCCUUCAAAUACCUGCAGGGCAUCCUGGAAGCUGAAGAUGGAGGCGUGUCCCCCACCGAGCGAAUGAGACACUUGAAGUCCCCGGUGAGGUCUCCGAUCCCCAAGCUUGGAAACCCCAUCCCCAUCCCCAGCCCCAUGUCUGGACUUCAGAAGCUUCCCCAGUGCACCCGCUGCUGCAACGGCAUCGUUGGCACCAUCGUGAAGGCCAGAGACAAGCUCUACCACCCCGACUGCUUCAUGUGCGACGACUGCCACGUCAACCUGAAGAACAGGGGCUACUUCUUCAUCGAGGACAAUCUGUACUGCGAGACUCACGCCAUGGCUCGCGUCCAGCCCCCCGAGGGCUACGACGUGGUCGCCGUCUACCCCAAUUCCAAGGUGGAGCUGGUGUGAGCAUCCCCGGUUCAAUUCAAGAGUUUGAUGGUUUCUGUGUAUAAUACUUCUGGUAAAUAAUUUUAAAAGGAUUUUUUUUUUACUCCACUUUUAUUAUACUUCAGAACACAAUAUGACUUUUCAGCCGCAUCAUCACGCUAAAAGUUAGCUUAUGGGCGUUUAUGCAAAUGGUCUUCUGUCUCUUCUGUUCCCUGUAACUCAAUAAUUCAUGGUGGAAGUGACCUUUGGUAACCUUCCACGUGCAAAUAUGCAGGCACCACCCGCCUGAAAUGUAAACCAAACCCUUGCAGGAGAGAGAGAGAGGAGUGUGUGAGAAACGCAGGAGCUCAGCGAGAGGCCGAAUUUCUCCCUGAUGAGAUCAUAAAAGUCACAUUUGAAAAUCUACUGAGGCAUAAUCGGCAUGUGCUUUUUUCAUUUGUAUUUCCACGAGUUAGAUAGUCUUAGUUUCAGAUCAUAUUUAGAUUUGUUGAAGACGAUAUCAACAUGUGAUUCACUUUUAAAAAUGGGAUUUAAGGAACUAGAGGAGGAUCAAGAAACUAGGCAGGGGUUUUAAACAUUUUAUUAUUGUUAUUGGAGUUAAAUGACAAAAGAAAAAAGUGCAAAUUCUCAAUAAAAAUACAACUUACUGCAUGAAAUAAACCAUACUAUUGAGGAGAGAAAACAGAAAUAUGGAGUGAAGUUGAUCAAAAUUUUGUCCCCCUCAAGUGCAAAAUACAUAAAUGUGAGAGGGCUUCAGAAAAAGUUAGGAGACAAAAAUAUAAUCUUUUAAAAGUUAGAAUUUUGUCUCUUAGUGUGUGAAAAGUGGGUUUGUGUUGGAGAAGUUAGUGUAAAGAUCAGAGACUGCUAAGUAUCGAUCAUGUAAAAGUCUUAAGAGAAGAGGUCUCACUCUGACCUAGAAAAGAACCCUGCUGCUGCAGUAUGCUUCAGAAACUUCCUCUGCCAGUGUGAUGUCUCUGCUUCAUGUGUUUAUGAGGCAGUUGUCUGAUCUCAAAUUUAGUAUUUGGAGAAGCUUGUCGCUGGUUUGCUCUCCGUGCUCGCCGUCUUGUAAAUUAUGUGAAAAUGUAUAUGUCUUCUGCGCUCUUACUGUUGUACAUAGAUCCCACUGUGAUGUGUAACGUUUCCUCUUUCUCCUCUGAUCUUAACUUAUUGUUUCAUCUCCAUCUGUCGAUUUGCUCUUUAUUUUCAAAU